AGUGUCUAAUACAAGACUGAAACACACAAACACAGACACACCUGAAGCGUUCCGGUACCAACCCGGACCCUGUUCCAUCAUGGCGUUCACGUCUCGUGCAGGAAAAAUAGGACUGUGGACGGUUUCGGACGAUGAAGAGUGCAAAGGAGACCGGAAGACGAGAAAGCCGCUGGUGGAGAAGAAGCGGCGCGCGCGCAUUAACGAAAGUCUACAGGAGCUCCGAGGGCUGCUGUCCGACACCGAGUUGCAUGCAAAGAUGGAGAAUGCAGAAGUGCUUGAGCUCACGGUGAAGCGGGUGGAAAACAUCCUUCGGGAUCAGUCACAUGAGACGGACAGCAUGAGUCGCGAGGCCAGUGAGCGGUUCGCAGCGGGCUACAUCCAGUGCAUGCACGAGGUCCACACCUUCGUGUCCACAUGCUCCGGUAUCGACGCCAUCGUAGCGGCCGAACUACUCAACCACCUGCUGGAGUGCAUGCCGUUAAAUGAGGACCUGCAGGACUCAAUUCUUGAUCUCGGAUCCGAGCUUCUGUCUCCCACGGGUGCGAGACCGCACGUCAGUUCACCGGGAGCGCGCGCACCGGCUCUGUCCCCGAACUCUACCACCAGCGGCGCUGAAGAGGAUCCAAGCUCCGACCUGGAGGAGAGCUUCAACGAGUCAGCUCCGGGGACUGCGGCAGAGCAUGUGGAGGAGCAGCACGAGGAGCACCGGAGCAACGCCACCGCCCCCCAUUGUACAUCCAUGUGGAGACCGUGGUAGAGUCGCGAGCGCACCGGAAACAGAACACCUGUAAACUGACGCAGGACAAAAAUUAACCGGGAUUCAUUCAUGCAAAUAAGCAAGGAUUCAUUACAUUAAUAAAGGAUGCUGCAGGACAUCAAUCUUUUAUACGCACUUCUGUUGUGACCUUCAGGUUUAUAAAGUGUAUAAAGUUUCACAGAACAGAAAUCACUAAUGACUUAAAAAUGUUUUUUUUUUUAGAAUUUUUUUUGUAUAAUUUAUAUCUCAAUAUAUUUUAAAUGCAGAAAAAUAUGUAGCUUUUUCAACCUAAAGCACCAAUAAAGAGAUGAAUGAUUUAUUUAU